GCAGUUUGAAUGAAGACUCACAGCUCUCAAAUCAUCUAUUAUAAACGUUGUGACAUUUCAUUGCGGACUGACCGUUUGUGUUUGAUUAUGUUUGGCUCAGCUUCAGAUUGUUUGGAAAGUAAACCCUCAACAAUUCAAUAUCCAGAACUCGUUCCCAUUUCUGGGCGUUUGUAGUUUACUAAAAUGGAAUCAAACACUGUGGUGUCGGAUGAAAUUCGCGAGUUACAGGAUGCCGUCGUGACCUUACGGUUGACUAUUCCAUCGCUCUAUAAAAAACUUUUGCUAAAAGAAUGUGAAAUUGAAAAUCAGCUGAUUAAUGAUACCGAUGUGUGUGUGCCGAAACAGCCGGUCCAGGAAUUGAAUAAGAUAGAACGGAUACCGAAACAAAUAUUUCCCGCCCCAGAUGCAGCAGCUGGCGUUCAGGAGGUGCACAAUUUACUAAACAUAAUGCACAAGCUCUCCCUACGGAACAGUAAUGGUCGCCACCGGCUCGUCAACAAUUCUGCAGCUCGAGAACGGAGUGAAGCUCGGUGUAAAUAAUUUUCAGGCUUGGAAGGGCUGGUUUUAGUUGCUGUGGAAAUGACAAAAAAGGAUAUGAGUGUGGGAGAGAUAAGGAGAUCAAUAGAAGUGCUGCAUUUACCUGCAGAAGCGUUAUAACAGGCUUCUUCCGAAAUAAAUGCCCCUUUGUAAGUACUUGCAGCACGAAUAUUACUUUAAGCUAGAAAUAAAAAAAUAUAUUUGACUCGCGCUGCAUA